AGUGAGCUCUUACCUCUUAUCUUCUUCCUCUGGUCCACACUCCACACUGUGACACUCCACUCAUUACUCAACAAGACAACAACAACAUGAAAACGAAGAAGAAGAUAAACCACAAGAUUCCUCGAAUCCUCUUAUUUACCUUCUUCCUCAAUCCCCCUUUUUAUUUCUAGGGUUUUCCGUAUAUUCCAUCACUUUGUCUUCUCCUGCCUCCUUCAAUGUCGAUUUUCUCUUCUUUCUCUCUCUUCUCUAUCUCUCCUCACCUCCAUUUUCUCUCUCCUCCCGCCAUUGUUGAAGCUCCCUUCAUUUCUUACAACCACUAUUACCGCCUUCUUACUCCUCCUUCCGCGCAUUCUAACCCUAAGCUUUUGAAGUCCAAUCGACGCUCUCGCUUCGGCGAGGCGCUUUCUGCGUUUCAUCAUGAUGAUGAUGAUGAGGAUGAAGUGAUGGAAGAUUCGAAUUUGAGUUCUGUUGUUGUUGAUGGUGAUAAAGAUGAUAAAGAUGAUGAUGAUGAUGAUGGUGUUCCUUGGUUUAAUGAUGAUGAAGAUGAAUUUGCUGAACCAGCAAACUUGAAUAGGGGUGAGCAAAGAUCCCAACUGCUGGCUGCAACCAAGCUGAGACCAGGAAGUCCGAAAAAGACAAGUAGUGUGGGCACAAAAGCAGAUGGCAAAGGGAAGUGGGAAGGAAAGAAAGGUCCAAAGAAGAAAUAUUCGCAGCUAGCAGAGGAGUUUCGACUAGAUACUAGAUGGAUUCCCCUUCUUGAUUAUCUGACCACUUUUGGGAUGAAAGAGUCUCAUUUUGUUCAGAUGUACCGAAGACACGCAAAUGCUUUUCAUAUCAAUGUAUAUUCUGCACGGGAAAGGCUGGAUUACUUGUUGAAGGUUGGCGUCAAACACAACGACAUCAAGAGGAUACUAUUACGGCAACCUCAGGUUCUUGGGUAUACUGUGGACAGCAAUAUGAAGUCCCAUGUGGCGUUUCUGAUGGAUCUGGGUAUCCCUGAUUCUAAGUUAGGGCAAGUAAUCACCGCUGCUCCAUCUAUCUUUUCAUAUAGUGUUCAGAAUUCCUUGAAGCCCACUGUAAGAUACUUGAUAGAGGAGGUUGGGAUCAAGAAAAGUGAUUUGGGAAAAGUUGUGACUUUGAGCCCUCAAAUUCUAGUUCAGCGGGUUGACAUUACUUGGAAUGAUCGCUAUGAUUUCCUUUCAGAAGAACUGGGAGCACCUAAAGAGAGUAUCGUGAAAAUGGUUACAAAACAUCCCCAGCUUCUUCAUUACAGCAUUGAAGAUGGAUUAUUGCCCCGGAUUAACUUUCUAAGGAGCAUUGGCAUGCAAGAUUCUGAAGUCUUGAAAGUUUUGACUAGCCUCACUCAGGUUCUUUCUCUGUCACUGGAGCAAAAUCUUAGGCCAAAGUACAAGUAUCUGGUUAAUGAACUUCAAAAUGAAGUUCAAUCCCUGACAAAAUACCCCAUGUACCUAAGCUUGUCACUAGAACAGAGAAUUCGUCCUCGGCAUAGAUUUUUGGUUUACCUAAAGAAAGCUCCAGAGGGACCAUUUCCUUUGAGUUCUCUGGUUCCGACUGAUGAAUCCUUCUGUCAGCAGUGGGCAGGAACUAGUGUGGAUAAGUAUCUAGCAUUUAGACAGAGCAUGAUGCUCAAAGAGCUUGCGAAAAAAUAUGAAAAGCAAGGGUGAACUAGAUUGCCUUAAUGGAAAGCGGACUAACCAGACGACGGAGCCCUCUCAUCAUGAGUUCAUUUUAAGUACAAACACGUAUAUAGUCAAAUUCUGGGUCAAGUUCAUAGUUCACUGACAUCUAUAUCAAGGAAUCACUCUCGUUUCUGACUUGUUUAUACUAUGUAUAUGCAAUUUUCCUGAAAGCGAGGGGUGCUAAAACUUAUGACUCCUCUAGUCUUCAAGCAAACUCACAUGUUGCAAGGUUCUUUUGGUGAAAUUUAUACAAGGGUUAAUGUUCUUGACUUCAGUUGUAUUGGCAACAGAUUUGCGCACAAUCAAUACAUAUGUUUAUACAGCAGCAGUGGAUGGCAAAUUUUGUAGAAGUAAUUGUCAUAACCUGUCAAUGGUAAUCUUACUUCAGAAAGCUUAUGUGCUUGCUGUUUGUCAUUUUACUUUAUACAUGUACAUUUAAGUUCACAGCUACAAUGAGCAAUUGGCCGGAUCGGUGAUAUGUGAAACCAUAUGAUGUAAGAAAUAAUGUCCUCUACAUAUAAAAUAGGUUGAAUCCGGAAGCAAAACUUCGACAUGCCUAAUAAACGUUUACUACUUUUGUUUGCAUUUAGUCACACAUCACUAGCUCAAGUUAUUGUGUCAGCAAGAUUUUGUGAGGGUUUUUGGACAUACUCUCUAUAUAUAGUUUUAUAUGUUAGCCGUUAUUAUACGGCAAUAAUGGUAAUGAAUCAUGUGUAUUUAUGUACAAAGUGUUUUAUCUAAAUGCCCUCUGUGAUGAAACUUGAUCUCCAAACAUGUUCUUUUCAUCAUAAACUUCAAUUACUACUCAAUAAUACCUCAAAAUGGUAGUGGAAACUUAUGUAUAGAAACAGGUAUGUGGGAUUGACAAGCAUAUUACCAUACACAUUGGCAUGAGGACUUCCUGCACAAAUUUAUCUGUAGAUUUAUCAUCAUUAAUUACUGGCUACAAAACUGACUGAGAAUAGCUUUGAAAAGCUUGGGGCUGCUGGGCACGGCCGCAUGGGAGGUCAAUGAUGGUGAGUUGGUCUAUUCGGCCGGUAAGAACUAAGUGGAUUAAAUACUACCUUUCAUUCAAAUUUCAUCUUCAGGCUACUAGUUUGAACAGCACUUCAAACAUGACAAGUAAAUUUCAAUGGAGAGUAGUAUAUUGAUCCACUUAGUACUUACUAAUUCUUUUAACUGUUGAUUAUUGUGGACAGAUGCAGCUGUUGAGGGUAAGUUAUUGCGAAAUGCAUACAGACUAUACACCAAAAUGAGAUAUUGAGUCGAAACUGAUCACCUCCCAUGAUAGAAGUCACACCCAGAGAAAGAGAAACACCAUUGAAUUGGUUAACAACAUUCAUAGAGAAGCUUAAACUCAAAUCAACACCCAAAAUUGAAACUUUAUAUUGACAGUGUUAGGCUGUUAGUAGAACAUGAGAUCAUUGAUCAUCUGUCACAAUUUUGAUUUUUUGCCCAAUUCACAUUUAGCCCUUUCAAGCAGGAUGUUGGAAAACAGUGGCUAGUUGUGGUGGUCGACGGCUCAAGUAGGUUGAGGUUUGGUGGCCACCACCAUAUAAUCUAUGAACUCUAGCACGGUCGUCGUUCAGUUUCUUCUUCACCAUCAGCUCUGCCAUCUCUAUCCUUUUAUCUGUCUGUUUAAUAAUUUCUGAUUUUAUGGAUAGAUGAUAGUGAUAGGGAGGUGAAUUUUUAGAGGGAAAGUAUCUUUGUAGUGAGCCUUGGUGGCCAGGGAAUGUCAGAACAUAGGCCUUCUGUUACAUCAAUGGUAAAUUAAGGGUGCUUUUGUCCUUUUCAAUUGAA